AUGUCACGACCCAUGUACCGGAGAGUUUCAACCAUCGGAUCAGGGACCGGCAUGGGAAUUGCGUCGUGCAUCUUUGGACGAAACCACGGCAUGCCGAUUGUUCGAGGCCUGCCAACAAGGUUCACAAAGAUCAGUCGAUGGCUGUCAAUCUUUAUGAGUUUCCGGGGUUUCGAGGCCUGA